UUUUUCUGUUUGAGAGUUCCACUGAUCCUGUCUGCCAGGAUUUAAAUAGAGCUCUUCGAUUCUCUCAUCUCAGAGAGAGAGAGAGAGAGAGAGAGAGAGAGAGAGAGAGAGAGAAGCCGUCCCACAGCACUGUUCUGCCUGUGGUGUGUCUGCCUCCUGCCCUGUGGCUUCACAGAGCUCAAUUUAUCAAAAGCGACCAGGUUUUGUUAGCAGUUCCCACAUCACACCAUUUGUGAAGAGAACGACUUAAAGAAAUACCUGUUGCAUACAAAGGGUUACUUUGUGCGUGUGUGUUGUUCAAACUUCAACACCCAUUCCCCCUCUCUUGAAAGAACUGGAUGCUUUAUUUUAAAAGAAGUUACUUUAAAUUCUGUUUGCUUACUGGAUUCAGGAAUGACAGACUGACACAGGUGUUGGAUGCUUCUGUCUACGGCCAGGUUGCCUCCUACUAUUCAUGAAGAAGCUUGACGGGAUUGAGUCCUUCUAAGAUUACCUUCCCAAGGGGUAAACAUUCUCAGCUGUGAACAACUACCGCAGAGUGUGUUUUGACUGGAUGACAAAAGAACUUAGAAAUCAGAGGUGCCACAGGUCAAGAAUGUGAGAGCAAUAUUGACCAUGAGGGCCUUCGUGUGAGGAUUUACCCACUGGUCUGAAGUAUUUGUUUAUUUUCUCUUCUGCAUACUUUUCUGAAUUGGCCUGAAGGAUGCCAGCUAAGACGCCUAUCUAUCUCAAGGCAACCAAUAGCAAAAAGGGCAAGAAAUGCAAACUGAGGGAUAUCUUGUCCCCCGAUAUGAUUAGCCCACCGCUUGGGGACUUCCGCCACACCAUUCACAUCGGGAAGGGAGGGGAACAGGAUGCGUUCGGAGAUAUGUCAUUUCUGCAAGGGAAGUAUGACCUUCUGCCUGGUCAGGAGGAUCCACGAUCUCUUCAGUUCAUCGGACACAAUGAGUUUUCAAGGGCGAACAGCGCCUCAGAUGACACUUUUUCAGAGACUCCCUCACCAGUGCUUAAAAACGCAAUUUCACUUCCUGCCAUUGGUGGAUCACAAGCUCUUACUCUCCCCCUCCUUUCCACUGUCACUUUCACUCCAAACACUGAACCCCUUUUACCUUUUAACCCUCCAGAGAAGCUGAACGAGAGGGAAUUACCAGAGAAAACUAAGCCCUUCUUUUCUGCUGUGACGUUUCCUCCCAAACCCGAACCCCAAACAGCUAGAAAGCAAUCCUCAGUCUCUUUAGCCAAAUCAGUAGAGCCUGAACUAACAGAGAGAAACAAGCCGGUUGAAAAUGGUAAAAUACAUGCUGGUGAUAACGGCUAUAAAUGGUCUGCUCCUCAUUACUCCAAUGGUAAUGGUAAAGUGAAUAAUUCAACAACUUUGUCAGGACAUUACACCGACUGGUUGAAAAUCAAAACGGUAGAGGACAACCUCCUUAAUGACUGUCAGUUUGAAUUUACGAAAGAAAAAAGUGCCUCUGAGAAAUCAAUCUCAAAUAUUACAGGGUCCCUCCUGUCUCUGGAACUUGACCUAGGACCCUCCAUUUUGGAUGAGGUCCUUAACGUUAUGGAUAACAAGUAAUGGUUUCAGAAUUGUAGAAGAUGGGACAGAAAGGGAAACCUGUUAAACGGUACAAGAAUAAAAGCCAAUGGUGUUGAUUGCACACUUGUUUUGUUUUGAUCUGGGACAAGCACUCCUUUCUAGCACUCCUUUCUUUUUUUUCAUUUUUUACCAUAAAAGUGAACAUGGGUGUUUUUUUUUGUUUGUUUGGUUGUUUUUUUUUUAAUUGGUAUAAUAGACUUUUACAAAUUUUUAAGUACCAUUUGUUUUUUCAAAUUAAAUUAUAUACCAUUUGUUUUCAUCAUACUCAGUGCCUUUGCCACGUUUAUGUAUAGCUCUAAUACAGUAUUGUUGUAUGUGUGCUAGUUUUUUCAUGCUCUAUGUCAGGAAACAUAUUUUUAUUAUUUUGCUUUUUUGUUCUUUAAAAGGAAACUGUUUUCUAUCCCUUGGCAACCAAGUUACAGUUUGAGCAUGUAAUAGACAAAAAAAUAUAACAUUUUCCUUUAUCGUUUAAUUGAAAUGUCCUACCAGAAUAAAGGCAUGAACCUAUAAAGGCCUCCUAAGCAUGUACGCUAUUGGAAAUGCUCAACCCUUAUAUGUUUUGUUUGGGUAGACCUAAUAUACUACAUACAGUAUUUGCAAUGUUUUAUGCGUUUUGAUACCCUGUCCCCAUAGUAGGAUGGGGGACACCAUGAAUGAACUACAUCAUACACAAACUGCUGUCAGCUUUAAUCAUACAUAUACUGUAGAAAUACUGUGUUCUGGUUGGUUGGUGGACUUUAUUGCAGAAAAACUAGAUGCGUAUUAUAUAAUAAGAUGACUGAAACACUUACAUAACAAUGCAAUUUUAACUAAAAGGAGAGAAAAAAUAUAAACUUUUUUUUCUGGAAGAAUAAAUUGUUUCAUGCAACAUGGGCAGUAUGUUAAUCACUAUGACACACAGUUCUGUGAGUUAUUAUUCAACAGACAAAUGUUGCAGUCCUUUAUAUUGUAUGCAAAACAAUAAACAAUUCAAGUAUA